GCAGCCAACAUCAAGCGUGCUCCAAACUUGAACUAGUUCCAAAGCAGAACAAACGCAACUCGCAAAAAAAGAAGGGACAACAAAUUGUAUAUAUAAAAAACAAUGCGGGCUGAACGAUUGCCAGUCGGUCAAAUAAAGCAAUGUCACUGCGUGCACUGAGGAAACGCGAUACUCAAUUAAGCACCAGCAGCGCCGCCAGCAAAGCCAAAGCAACGCUUUUCAGGAAAGCCAACAGCACCAGCAGCAACAACAACAACAGCAACAAUAAUAAUAACAAUAACAACAACAAUUCAGCGACAACGUCACCGAAAUUUAAAAAAUCUUUAACUGUGAGAGGCGGCAGCAGUAAGCAACUGUUAAUCCAGCGUCAGCUGCUUGGACGCGCCACAUUUUCGAAUCCAGAAUUAAGGACAUUCCACAGGACCACUGCCAAUCACCUGUUGCGCAGCAAAUCGGAAGGCGAUGUCAAAACUUUAAAUCUGGCUGGCAAACCAAUUGGACGCCAAGCGGCAGCGAGCGCCAAGUCGGAGGUGUGCCUCCAGCAGAUCAGUUCGCACAGCUACGAGCCACAAAAGACGCGCAUCCAGCCGGAUAAAAUGCUGGGCGGAUCGCGUUCGUUGCGCGACUUGAGUGGCGAUGAUUUGGAGCAUUCGGGCCGCGGACCGCGACGGUUGAGCGAGUGCAGUGGCAGCAUGAUCAGUGGUCGGCGCACCAGCUCCAUGUUCACCAGUUCCAUGUCCGCCAGCCAGAUGAUGUUCGCCUCGGCCCCCGUCGAUCCCAAUGCCCCACUGCGUGUGCCAAUCAUUGGGUAUGAGGUGAUGGAGGAACGUGCCCGGUUCACCGUUUAUAAGCUGCGCGUCGAGAAUCCGGAUACGAACGAUUGCUGGCUGGUCAUGCGACGCUACACGGACUUUGUGCGGCUCAAUGGCAAGCUGAAGCAGUCAUUUCCCCAUGUGAACCUGGUGCUGCCCAGCAAGAAGCUAUUCGGCAACAAUUUCAAUGCCGUCUUCCUCGACAAUCGCGUCCAGGGACUGCAAAUGUUUGUCAACUCGAUCAUGGCCAAUGAUCAGCUGCGCAAAUGCAAACUGGUGCGGGAGUUCUUCUGCCUGGACGAGCCGCCCUCCUACUCCGAAUCCAUGGAGGAGUGUCGUGCAAUAUUUGAGGCACAGGAGGAGACCAUUGUGCACCUGAAGCUGCAGAUCCAACAUAAAAACGAUCUCAUUCUCAGUCUGCAGCAGAAGCUGCGCGAGGAGAUGAUCGAAAAGGAGCAGCUCCGCGAGGAGUUUAAAAAUAUCAACCUGGACUGCUCACAUUGCUCCUCGGCAAACGAUAGUAUGACCCUCAAAUAGUUAGGAAUGCAAUCAUGACCAGGAAUGAGCGUGUGUAUUUAUUGGUUAUUAUGCUGAGCAUAAUUUUAUAGUACACUCGACGAAAUAUCACCCAAGUGCAUAUCAUCAAAUCAGGCGCCGCCGUAAGGCUCACCCUCAACAGUGCUUUAGUAUUCAGCUGAUAAGAAAGCCCAAAUGAAAUACAAAUAUUUUUUAAUAUAUAUACAAAUGCGGGUCUCCAACUCGUUGAACAUUUUAAUUUAGUAUUAGCACAACUCAAUUUACAAUAAUAAAAUCUACAAUUAUAUACGAUUAUAAAGU